AGAUUACACAAGGGUUUUUUGAGGUCUAAUGUAGAAUAAGAUGUUAAUGUCCUUGUUCUUUAGACUGAAGAGCCUUCACACAGAGGCCGACCUCCAGCACUCAGCCUCUGGAGCUCAAAUAUGUCUUUUCCCGGGACUGUUUUAAACGACUCUGUCAUCGUUCAUCCUCCAGGCUUCUACAUCAUUGGAUUUCUGAAGAUUCCCUCCGUCAGCGUCUACUUCAUCUUUCUGGCUUUUGUCUACGUGGUCACGGUUCUCUUCAACAGUUUGGUGAUCUAUGUAAUUGUCUCUAAUCGUUGCUUACACACUCCAAAGUUUCUGGCUGUGGUCAACCUGGCAGUGAUCGAUUUGGUCCUGAACACGUGCACGAUUCCCAGCAUGAUAAAGAUAUUUCUCAUGAAGGAUAACUUCAUUCCAUUCAACCUAUGUUUUGUACAAAUGUACGUGUAUUACACGUGUGUCUCAUUGGAGUCGUACGCUCUUGCUAUACUUGCUUAUGACCGGUUGAUUGCAAUAUGUUUCCCUCUGCGUCAGAACUCGUUCAACACACUACGAAGCAUGUCUUGUAUUGUCGGCCUGACGUGGUGUGUUGCUCUGGGAGUGACGGCAUUUACAACCAUUAUAAUGACCCGACUGUCUUUCUGCAGAUCUGUCAGUGUGUUCAGCUACUUCUGUGACUAUGCACCUGUGUUCAGACUCGCCUGUAAUGACUACACCCUGCACUGGUCUGCAGCUUCUGCUAUGACUUUUGUGAGCCUCGGACUUCCCUUGAUCUUUAUUUUUCUGUCGUACAUCAGCAUCCUGGUGACAGUGUUCAGGAUGAAAUCUUUAGGAAGUCGAUUCAAAGCUUUGGCCACGUGUGUUGAACAUUUAAUCCUUGUUACUAUAUUUUACAUUCCUCUACUGGUCAUUUUCAUGAUUGGGUUUUUUCUGAGAGUCAUUGAGCCGGACCAGCGUGUGCUCAGUCUGUCACUGGCCUCCUGCAUCCCCCCCUGCGUGAAUCCUAUUGUAUAUUCAUUGAAAACUAAAGAGAUAAAAGUCAGAGCCCUGGCACUGAUCAGAAAACAUAAAAUCAGCACACUACAAAAAAACAAAUCUUGUUGGGUCAACAAAACACAGCAAUAAUUUAGGAUUAAUGGUUUAAAGCCUGUACUGUGUAUAAUCAUAUGACAAAUAAUAAUCACAACUUUAGCAUGAAAUAAUGCAAACAUAUUCUUUUUGCUGUGUUGAGUCAACUGAUGAAUUAAUAAAUGUAUAAUUGUUUCAUUUUACCCCUGUCGUGUAACAUCAAGCUUAAUAAUAUUUAAACUGUCUUUUGUUUCCCCACAUA